UCUCCAGGUGGAGCUGAAGUGUUGAUGAUCUGAUUGAUAGCCUAUAGAUAUCUGUGAUGUUGGAAUAGUAACAGUAGUUUAAAUCAGUAUAUCUAGCACGUUCACUUGUCUCUGCUUCAUUCACACGUGACCAGCUUCAUCUCCGACCGGCCGAAGUUCUCCGACAGCAGCCGAGCCCCCCCCCCCUCUCAGCAUCCACUCCCGGUCAGAGGAUCGGAGGAUGAGUCCGCUGUCCGCCGCUCUGUGACGGAGGAGCCGCUGCAGACCGAACCGGACCCGGAGCGGAACCUUCCUCAGCCCGCGGUCAGCCAUGCCGUUGGUGAAGCGAAUUAUCGAACCGAGGUAUCUGUGCCGCGGCGCCCUGCCUGAUGGCGUCGCCAGCGAGCUGGAGUGCGUCACCAACAGCACCCUGGCUGCUGUGAUCAAACAGCUGGGCGGCCUCAGUCGCCAUGCAGAGGACAUCUUUAGUGAGCUGUUCACGGAGGCCAACAGUUUCUACCUGAGGAUGAACAGCCUGCAGGAGCGAGUGGACCUGCUGGCAGUGAAGGUCACACAGCUGGACUCCACCGUGGAGGAAGUGUCUCUGCAGGACAUCAACAUGCGGAAGGCCUUCAGGAGCAGCACCAUCCAGGACCAGCAGGUGGUUUCACGGAACUCCAUCCUCAACCCGGUGCUGGAAAUGUACCAACGCUGCGACAAACCACCACCCCUCAACAUCCUGACACCCUACAGGGAUGAUAAGAAGGACGGCUUGAAGUUCUACACCGACCCGUCUUACUUCUUCAGCCUGUGGAAGGAAAAGAUGCUGCAGGCCACCGAGAACAAACGCAAAGAGAAGCGACGACAGAAGGAACAGAAGCAUGUGGAGGAGUCCUCAGGACGGGAGGUGAAGAAGGUGAGGAAAGCUCGUAACAGACGGCAGGAGUGGAACCUGAUGGCGUACGACAAGGAGCUCCGCCCAGACGCUCGAGUGACACCGUCACCUUACCACACCUCUGACGGCUCAAUGUCACCGGACAGGUCGGGGAUGUCAGACGACCCCUCCUUCCCCGCCAGCCCUCACCUUGACGCCCAGGCGCAUAAUGGGAAGGAUCAUGUCACCGCGGCAACAGGUCAGACUCAGUCGUUGGACCGCGCGCUCCGACCUGCCUCUGCCUCCUCUGCAGUCGCCACGACAACCACCCGGCAGCACUCACUGGGCCGCAACCAGCCGCAUCGCCACCACCACCCACCGGCCAAUCAGAACGGAGCAAGGACCAAUGCCACCAAGGAGGCCAAUGACCAUCAGAUCCCUCCGGCCCCCCCGCCACCCCCCCCUCUCAUGCCAUCAGCAGGUCAGAUGCCGUUCUCCAGCAUCUCCGCCCACACCGCCAUGGCAACACCGCUGCAACCUGCAGCCGCUCCUGGUGGCGCUGGCGUACUCUCUCGCCCCUACAGCCCCUCCCCUCCCCCACCUCCCCCAGCUAACUAUGUUCCCUCCCCCUCACGGCCUGGAGGCCAGGCUCCGCCCUCGGCUGCUGCCGCGCCCCCGUUGCCCCCGGUGACGGACAGCAGGAAGCCUCCCGGAGGCCCAAACGUGCCGGUGAACGAUGCCCGCAGUGACCUGCUGGCUGCCAUCCGCAGAGGGAUCCAGCUCAGGAAGGUUCAGGAGCAGCGUGAGCAGGAGGAGGCCAAGAAACGGGAGCCUACAGGAAAUGAUGUCGCCACCAUCUUGUCGCGACGCAUCGCCGUGGAGUACAGCGAAUCAGAGGACGAGUCCGAACCCGAGGACCAGGAGUGGUCCGACUGAGGAGAGGAGGACGGUCCCAGUCUGAACAUAAAGACAGACCCCAGAUCAGUCCGGAUAGAUAAAACCAGAGGGACGAUACAAACUCCAGAAAAACUCCGUCUGGAAAAUAAAACUAGCUGUUUGUUGAUUAUUAUCAGUAAAUAUUAUCAGUUUGUGUCA